GUUGGAGCUCUCAUCGGUGCUUCCAUACCUGACCGUACCGCCGCCGCGGGCAGCUCGGCCAAGGGUCCUUGUUAGCAAGCUACACGCGUGGACCCAGGUACGUACCCGGGGAGCCUGCCCGCGGUGCCCACGCUGCACAGUACCCAAGCACUACACAAUCUCGUCCCUGAUCCAGAGCUGACGCCGUCUUGUCGCACCGAGCUGCGUAAAGGCCACGAUUAUUUCCAGCACCUCCCCCCUCCUCCCUUUCCUUACAGCCAAGCUCUGUCUUCGGCACAAUUCUUCCACACCCACAAGAGGUUGUGCAUCCUCUGUCGACAAAUUGUCCUUUCCACCGGGCAGUUCAUGUUUGCGACACAGCCUUUUGCAUCCGCAUCCGCAUCCGCAGGAUCCCCGGACUUUGGGAUCCUAUUCUGAUCCCCUGCCCCUAUUUUCGACACUCUCUUUCACCACAAUUAUUAUCUCCACUUCCCUUCAACCUUCCUGGGACCACAUUCUUCUACGGGCGUUUUCUUUGACUCAGCUCACUUCAGACCGCUCCCAACAUGGCCGCGACCGAACGGGCCGUCGCCUCUGGCGCAGACGUCGGCGAUGCCUUGCGGAGGCGCAACGUCCCUUCUUCUCAAGCCGAUACCCUUCAAGGCCAGCCUCAGGCCAACGACAAGGACAAGCCCAAGAAGCAACCAUCUGUUCUGCAGGUCCUCGACGAGUGGGAGUUUAUCAUCGCACCCCUCAUCUUUACCGCCCUUGCCUUCUUCACCCGACUAUAUAACAUUGGACUGUCCAACAUCGUGACAUGGGACGAAGCCCACUUUGGAAAGUUCGGGUCCCACUACCUCAAACAUGAAUACUACUUUGACGUCCACCCGCCUCUGGGUAAGCUCCUUGUCGGCCUGUCUGGAUACCUUGCUGGGUACAACGGGUCCUUCGAGUUCAAGUCUGGGGAGACAUACCCAGAGGAUGUCAACUACACCUUCAUGCGCCAGUUCAACGCCUUCUUUGGUGCCGUUUGCGUCCCGAUGGCCUACUGGACCGCCAAGGAACUCAACUUCAAGCGACCGGCAGUCUGGCUUGUUACGCUCAUGGUCCUUUGCGAAAACUCAUACACUACGAUUAGCAGAUUUAUCCUCCUCGAUUCGAUGCUCCUAUGCGGCACGGUCGCCACGACCCUCUGCUGGGCGAAAUUCCACCGAUUGCAGGACAAGAGUUUUGAACCCGAAUGGUUCUUUUGGCUGUUCAUGACGGGGUUCAGUAUCGGCUGUGUGACUAGUGUUAAACUGGUCGGCCUCUUUGUCACUGCGCUGGUUGGCCUGUACACAGCUGAGGACCUCUGGAACAAGUUCGGCAACAUACGGAUGCCAUACGCAGAGCUUGGGGCUCAUUUCGCCGCUAGAGUGGUUGGCCUCAUCAUUCUGCCUUUCCUGAUCUACAUGCUCAGCUUCGCCGUACACUUUGCCGUCCUCACCGACAGUGGACCAGGCGACGCCCAGAUGAGCUCCCUCUUCCAGGCCAACCUACGCGGCACCGAAGUUGGCCAGAACAGCCCUCUCGAGGUGGCCUACGGCUCUCGAGCAACGAUCAAGAACAUGGGCUACGGUGGCGGACUCUUGCACUCCCACGUACAAACCUAUCCAGACGGCUCUGGCCAACAGCAGAUCACCUGCUACCACCACAAGGAUGCCAACAACGACUGGUUCUUCUACCCCAACCGUCGUGACCAGGACUACGACGAGAAGGAGGAUCCCCGCUUCAUCGGAGACGGCGAAACCAUCCGUUUGAUCCACGCUCAGACCGGCCGCAACCUGCACUCGCACGAUAUUCAUGCGCCUGUUACCAAGGCCGACAAGGAGGUGUCCUGUUACGGUAACUUGACGAUCGGUGACGACAAGGAUCACUGGAAGGUCGAGGUUGUCCGAGAUGUUGCAUCUAGGGAUCGCAGCAGGGUCCGGACACUUACCACCGCAUUCCGAUUGAAACAUGAGGUCCUUGGCUGCUAUUUACGAGCUGGUAACGUCAACUUGCCACAGUGGGGUUUCCGGCAGAUAGAAGUUACUUGCACCAAGGAGAACAACCCCAGAGACACAUAUACUCACUGGAACGUGGAGGCCCACUGGAACGACAAGUUGCCUCCUGCGGAACCUGGCCAGUACAAGUCGCCCUUCAUCCACGAUUUCAUUCACCUGAACGUUGCGAUGAUGACUUCCAACAAUGCCCUGGUUCCGGAUCCAGACAAGCAGGACGAUCUGGCUUCCCAAUGGUGGCAGUGGCCUAUUCUCAAUGUUGGGCUGCGCAUGUGUGGCUGGGACGACCAUAUUGUCAAGUACUUCCUUCUGGGUAACCCCCUGGUCUAUUGGGGCUCGACACUUUCUAUGGGUCUCAUUGGCGUGGUCGUCCUCUGGUACCUCGUGCGAUGGCAGCGCGGUAUCAAGGAGCUGUCUCAGCCCGACAUUGAUCAGAUCCACUACGCCGGUCUCUACCCACUUGCGGGUUGGUUCCUGCACUACCUGCCGUUCGUCAUCAUGGCUCGUGUCACUUAUGUCCACCAUUAUUACCCUGCCCUGUACUUCGCCAUUCUGACGACGGGCUUUUUGGUUGACUGGUUCACGCGCAACCGUAACCAGAUCCUCCAGGCUGUCGUAUAUGGCGGCCUAUAUGCUGUCACCAUCGGUCUCUACGUCUACUUCAUGCCAAUUUGCUGGGGCAUGACCGGACCAAACAAGAACUACUCGUACAUGAAGUGGUUCGACAGCUGGAGGGUGACGGACUAAACCACCCCCUCAGCCGGAGAGUUGGUUGGGCGGCUGUCUUGGCUAUACCGAAGCGGUAGACACUCUACCUUGAAGCUACGACUUAUUUUAGACUAUCUCGAGGUGUGUCGACAGGAUGGCUGGGUCAUGUUGCUAUAGACGCCUCUAUGCCGGGAAGGGGGUUUCAUGUCUAGUCAUUUGGCAAGGGUGCCCGAUUGUUAGAGAAUACGGAAGAGAGGGCAUCCCCCCACUCCAGAAUUAAUACCACAUCUCGUUGCUGCUUGCCAUGUUAUGCGAUGCUCAAUUUGUCUAUGCCUGAUGCCGCGGUCAGCCCAGCCUGCUGAUUAUGCAUUAUGUGCUAUACACUGAAGUCGUAGUACUUCCUUCAUGAUAUGGGUUGUAGCCGGGGGAUAUCGACCUGACAAGCCUCGUGAACUUUUUGCCUUGUUCUGUGAGAUGUGCCCGCAAAACCAACUGCUCAUGCGCCCACUUUUCCCUUGACCCAAAGCCCUUGAUUGCAUCCUUCAGCAACACAUGCCACCAUUCGAAGACUUCCUCGCGUCUACCUUUACGCCGGAACCCCCACCCCACCCGGCGCCUUGCCCCUUGACUCCGGACCGCCUGUCGUUCAGGUCGUACUUGCCGGCCUGGAUGUUCUGGUAUAUCCUCUCGGCGACGCCGAGGAAGGCCUCCUCGACGUACUCGCCGGUCUUGGCGCUCGUCUCGACGUAGCGCAGCACGCCGUUCUGGCGGGCCCAGGCGGCGGCCUCCUCGGCGCUGACCUCACGCCUCUCGCCGGCGAGGUCGGCCUUGUUUCCGACAAGAAUGACGACAAUGUCGGGCUCGGCAAUCUGGCGCAGGUCGUUGAGCCAGUCGGUGACGUGUGCGAAGGUCGACUUGCGCGAGAUGUCGAAGACGAGGAGGGCGCCGCUCGCGCCGCGGAAGUAGGACCGCGUCACGGACUUGUACGUCUCCUGCCCGGCGGUGUCCCAGAGUGAGAGUUUCAUGUGCUUCUGGGGUAGCUGCUGGUCCUUUGGGGCGGCGCGGGGCGGGUCUGGAAGGCCAUUUGGCAGGUCUGGUUUUGAGGAGGCGUCCGGGCCGGAUGGUGACGACUGGGAGGCGUCUGCUUGUGAAGCGGCUAUUGCCUUGUUGGCGGGAGCGCCAACCGGUACUAUCCUGGAGCCGAAUUCUACGCCGAUGGUGACAUCGUGGUGUUGCACGAAGCGGCCCUCGCAGAGGCGGAUGGUCAGUGACGACUUGCCGCAGCCGCUGUCUCCUAUGCAGACCAGCUUGGCGAUAUAAUCCCAGGGUGGUGAGGACAUGUGGACGUCGUCUGCGUAUGGUACCUGUGGGUGUAUGCACGGGACGACGGUCAAGAGGGUGGGGGUCGAGGGUUUUGUUGUCUCGAGACCGGAGCACUCGAAGGUUCCGAGCGAGCGGGCCGUUCGUUCUGACAGGGCGAGGUGGCGAUCCUGGGGGAAGCAAAGAGGGCUAGACGGGUGGUUCUGGUUGGGCAAGAUUGAACUAGACAGGAAAAAAGGGCAUAGAUCGCACGAGAGCACAGCGUGGGACAGAGUGUUGUAUCACGAGUUUGGCGGGUUGAGGAGGAAGGACGGCGCAGGAGAAUGGAACAUAUGGCCGGAAUCUGAGCAUCACGAGUGACGUUGGACGGCUGAUCCACCCGGGGAUACUUAGUCCAUGUAGUCUACUCCGUAUGGGCACUGGGAUCGAUGUCACGCUGGAGUGGAGCGGACAGCUGAUGACUGCAGCAGGGAAAACGGGGGUACCUAGGUACCGGUACAGGCAAGCAGCAAG